CCCGGAGCUGCUCCCGGCGUGUCCCGGUUCGGUCCCGGUUCGGUGCCGGCUCGGUCCCGGUUCGGUGCCGGUGCGGUGCCGGUGCGGUGCCGGCUCGGUCCCGGUUCGGUCCCGGUGCGGUGCCGGUUCGGUGCCGGUUCGGCUCCAUCCCGCCGGCGGAGCUCUCCCGGCGCUGCCGGUACCGGGCGGAGCGGGGCGGGGGGAUCAGGACGCGGCCCCGGGCGCUGCCCCCGCCGCUCUCCGUCCCCCCGGGGCUCCUUUCGAUUUCGCUUUCCGCCGGGAUCGCCGCGGGGACGGGAGCGGAGCGCUGCGGGCGCGGCCGGGCUCCGCUCGCACCCCACGGCCAUGCAGGGCAAAGUGGCCAUCAGCUCUUCCAGCCCCGUGGUGGCCGUGUCGGUGCCACCCCCAUCCCAGGGCAGACCCUCACCCAUCAGCACCGGGCAGAUCUUCAGGCUUCCAGGGAGGCUGAGAAUCCAGCCCUCCCUGUGGAGCAAGGAGGAUGUGAUCCACUGGCUGCGAUGGGCUGAGGAGGAAUAUUCCCUGCGGCCCACGGAGCAGAGCAAGUUUGAAAUGAACGGCAAAGCCCUGUGCAUCCUCACCAAGGACGACUUCAGACACCGAGCUCCCAGCUCAGGGGACGUGCUUUAUGAAAUACUCCAGUUCAUUAAAACUCAGAGAAGAGUGCUGGUGUGCAGCCCCUUGCUGAACUCACCCUUCAGGAAAGCCAGGAGCACAGAGGAAGGUGCAGACUGCAGUGCUGAGGCUGGCCCAGUUGUUUCCUCGCGGCUGGGCUGUGCAGAGCAGCCCCUGUUCCACAGCCACACGCAGCCCCUGAACCUCUCCCACCACAGCUCAGAGAGUGGCUGCAGGCCAGGUGCCAUCUGCUCUUUUCCUGCUACCCUGUCAGCCCCAGUGGAUGGGAAAAUUGCAGACUGCAGGCUGCUCUGGGAGUACGUGUACCAGCUGCUGGCCGACCGCCGCUACGAGCCCUACAUCAGGUGGGAGGACAGGGAGGCCAAGGUGUUCCGCGUCGUCAACCCCAACGGGCUGGCCCAGCUCUGGGGCAACCACAAGAACCGGAUGAACAUGACCUAUGAGAAGAUGUCACGAGCACUCCGACACUACUACAAACUCAACAUCAUCAAAAAGGAGCCAGGGCAGAAGCUGUUGUUCAGGUUUUUGAAGACUCCUGGGGAGGCUGGCCAUGAGAAAUCCAGCAAACUGGAGCAGCUGGAGAGUGAGGACCCUGAAGAUUUGAAGGAAGACCCACUGGAGGUUUCACCACAGUAAAUCUUUGGAGGCUUCACUUCAGUGCAUGACAGGGACCUUGUGCUUUGCUGGGCAGUGCUGGUGUCUCCUGCCUCUCCUGGACAGAAGGCCAUGGAGCUGGCCUGGAUUUCAAAGCCUUCUGCGAGCCAAAUCUGGGACAUCUCUGGGGUUUCAUUAGCAAAACACACCCAGAAGCUGUCCCCAGCCCCAAGGGCACAGGGGGAUGUGUGGGCUGGCCUUCUGCUGGUUCCUCUCCUUCCCUGUGGGAGGGAAUGUGACAUUUUUGCUCUGAAAUUUUGAUGCUUGUCUUUAAGGUCCAAACCUGUGGAAAAGAUCCCUCUGUUCCUCCAGGGAGAUGAGCAGAGCAGAGCAGAGCACGAGCGUGAGCACCUGCUGCUCUGCCUGGGCAGUGGGAGCUGUGCCCAGCUGUGAGCAGGGCACAUUGCAGACUGCAGCGUGCUGGAAUCUCUGUCUGCUCUGAGAUUGCUCCUGGGAUUGAGGUUAGGAGUGUGCUGAAAUACCUGCCUGAUCAGGCCUGGCUGAAGCUCCAUGGCUGCCCAUAGCUGAUAUUCACUUUAACUCCUUUCCCUCCAGGUAAUGACUUUUGUAAUUACUUUUGUGAUUAAAUAAUGUGAAAAGAAACAAAGCCAGUAACAAAUGUGACCCCACCCAUGGUCAGAUAUGUGAUUAUUUGUUUUGAAUUUGAAGCAGGAAUACCUGAAGUGAACGGUGUCUGUGUGUGAGUGUGAAAAUAGAAAAUAUCCACUACUAUUUUCACUUCUCUUUCCACAGAGGAAAUAAAAUGC